GGUAGUUUCAACUUAGCUAUCAUCUAGACUACGUGCUUGUGACAGUUGGUUUUCCGCAGGUCGGACAGAACUUCGCUCAAGUACUUGCUGUAUAUCUUGACCUCGGGCCGGUUCAACUUGUUCUACAUCCGUCAUUUUUCCGUUUCUCUUAAUCUAUUCACUGCAUUUUCUCCGCCUCUCAUUCAGAUGGCUACUUCAACCGGAUCAGGCUGGACACAGCUCCGACAACAAGCCCGAUCUCUAGAGACUCAGACCGAGAACCUAUUCCACACCUACUCACAAUACGCCGCCUUAUCCAAACCACCGCCGACCCCCUCCGAAGAAGAACUCCGCAACGAAUCCCAACUCAAGGACAUUCUCGACCGACGAGAAACCCUCAUCGCCCAACUCUCCCGCCUCCUCGACUCCGAAGCGACCCUCACCUCCUCCGCCCUGAAGCAGAACAAUCUCGCCCGGCACCGCGAGAUCUUGCACGACCACCGCCGCGAGCUCGCCCGUCUGACCGCCGCCAUCGCCGAGGCCCGCGACCGCGCCAACCUGCUCUCCAACGUCCGCAACGACAUCGACUCCUUCCGCUCCAGUAACCCCGCCCAGGCCGAGGCCGACUACAUGCUCGAGGAGCGCGGCCGCAUCGACGAGAGCCACAACGUCAUCGAUGGCGUGCUGAGCCAGGCGUACGCCAUCAACGAGAACUUCGGAUUGCAGCGCGAGACGCUGGCGAGCAUUAAUCGCAGGAUCGUGGGCGCUGCGGGCCAGGUGCCGGGGAUGAAUGCGUUGAUUGGGAAGAUUGGGUCCAAGAGGAGGAGGGAUGCGGUUAUUCUCGGGGCGUUUAUCGGGUUCUGCUUCUUGGUGGUGUUUUUGUUGAGAUAGGGUUUUGUUUCUGGUGGUGGUGGGGAUGUGGGUUGGGGUUGUUGAUAAUGAGUUUGACUGAGGGUACGAGAGGCGUUUGGGAUUGUUUCCUUUUUCAAGUACGUUAUACAAAGUAUACUAAUAGGGAGGACGGCAUGUUGUUGCUCUCUCCCCUCGGUGUUGGAGGUGUCUCUGUCUGCGUCUGCGUGCUUAGCAUCUCUAUCUUACAGUGCACACACUACUAAACACAAGUAUGUACAUACAUAUACACACAC